GAUUUGUUGACACAGAACAGCUGACCAGCGGUCUGGAACAGUAGGCAAUGAAGAACUAAAUAUUGAGACACGCAGCUAUUUUCUUACAAAGAACUACAUUAAGUGACAUGAUUUAAAAAACAAGAAACUCGAAAGAUGAAGAUCCAGGGGAUAUAUAUCACAAAAGUCUAAAACCCCAAAACAAUAUAGAAGAUACAGCAGGCCAGACGUACCAAGAUUCUACUUUUAACUUUCAUUGACUGAAGAGUCAACACAGAUUUUGCCUAGAUUUGUGAAGUGAAAGCUACAUGAAUUCCGCUCUUGAACUAGAACGAGGGACUGUGGCUGGGACAAGUAUGCAAUGAAUUACGUCAAGCUGGGACAAGAAUACAAUGAAUUACGUCAAAUCUAAUGAAUUGCAAACCUCAGACGUUGAGACAGCGUCAGCAAGAUUACCCCCACCCCAAUUAAGCACGAAAGCGAAGUAACCGGCAGACAGAGCGUAAAACCCCAGAUCUACAGUACACGCCAGAAACACAAGGAAUCUAUUAGCUGUUGCAAGAUGUUACGGAUGCUGCACAUGAUUUUGCAGAUAUAUGGAUUGGUCUGAAGAACUGUUGGUGUAAUUACUGAGUGUGUUGCUUCAUGUAUCAUCAUGGAUGACUCAAGUUUGGAUACAAAAGGAUAUGACAACACAAUAGAAUUCAUAUCUGUUAAGGAAGAGAGAAUUGAAGACGUCUGUGAGGAAAAUUGUCAGGAGAUAAAAAAAGAAGUUAUCAGCUAUGUAGGUGAAGAAAAUGCCAUCUUUCUAAAAGCAGAAAAUAAUAUAAGUACAAGUGAGUGUUCUGAAAUUGCUGAUGUGGAAGCAGAUAGAAGUGACUCAGAUGUUCUGAUGUGUGAGUAUGAAGAUCCAUUAAAAAUAGUGCCAUUUGUGGUUAAAGAUCAAGGUGAUCAAGAGGCACCUACGAAUUUUAAGGAAAAAGUAACACAUUUAACAGUUGAUAAAAAAGGAAAGAUUUUUGUGUGUGAAGUAUGUUGCAAAACAUUUUCAUAUAAUGGGCAUCUCUUAAUUCACAUGAGAGUACAUACAAAGGAAAAACCAUAUAGCUGUGAAGUUUGUAGCAAAGCAUUCUCAAAGAAGAGUCACCAAGUUGCACACAUGCGAGUGCACACCAAAGAGAAGCCUUAUAUAUGUAAGAUAUGUUCCAAAGCAUUCUCUCAUAAACAUCAUCUUGAGCAGCACACAAGAGUACAUACUAAAGAAAAGCCCUAUAGCUGUGAGGAAUGCAGCAAAAAAUUCUCACAGAGAGAUGCUCUUGUAGUGCAUAGGAGAGUUCAUACAAAAGAGAAGCCUUAUACAUGUGAGGUUUGUUGCAAAGCUUUCUCACAGAAACAACAUCUAGAAAAGCACAUGAGAGUACAUAUAAAAGAGUUGCGAGAGUAUUUAGAGGAAAUACGGGUGCCAAGACGGAGAUUGCCACUCCCUCUUGAGGAAUUCGAGUUAAGGGAUGGAUUGCUGUAUCAUGUUAGAAUCCUUCCAGAGCGGGUCUUCAGCAGUUGGUCAUUCCCAGGUCUUUUAAGCUAUGUAGCUCUUCAGCUCGUGCAUAAAGAUAGGUCAGAUGCACAUCCUGGCAUCUGCAGGACGCAUUGUAGGCUGCGAGAUCGAUUAUACUUCCCGCAGAUGCUUGCAGAGGUGAGAAAAUCAGCACCCAACGACUGGAAUGAUCUUCUGCCGUACGUAAGACUGGCGCUGAACACAGCGGUGCAUCGCAGUAUCAGCCAAAAGCCCCUUUAUCUCCUUACAGACAGAGAUUGUUGCUUCCCAGGAAACCUUACGAAUUAUGAAGAUGAGGACGGGGAUGCCACGAGAACGAGAAGUUCGUCUGAGAACCUGAGGCCCGAAUGCAGCUUUGAGGCCUCGGGGGAACGGUCCCGCGAACCAUGUGGUGCAGAAUCCGUACACUCUGCGAGGCGAGAUGAUCUGCCAUGCGAAUCGUCCAAGUCCAUACAGCCAAGGAGGAGGAUGCGGAUGACCCAGCCUAGGUCAUUGGUGAAGGAUCGGGAGAGGAUGAGUAAAAUGGAGAACCAGAGAAAGUUUUUUCUUAAGUGGGACAGGCUUGUUAUUGAUAUAAGAACAAGUGGCAAGGGUCAUCCAGGGAAUGCAGACCUAGUGUCUAUUGUAGCAAUUACAAAGAUGUCCCAAGGCAUCUCUUGCAAAAAAAAGUUCUUAAAAGUGCAUGUAUUAUUGGAGGGUUUAGGUUCUGAUUUAAUGCAAAGAAGGCAUAUAUCAGAUGAAAAUACUACAGGCAUAUUAAGCAGGGAACAAGGAAUCCACAACACAUGUAUGGCCAGACAGAGCAUAGAACUGCAUGUCAGUUUUAUGCUCUUAUGUGCCGUGAAUACAUGGAGGAUUCUUGGGGGACAGCAGCUCCCCAAUGGGGUUAUAGCAGGGGACACAGCCCCCUACAUUAGACAAUAUAAAUUUGACCAGAUUGACUGGAUGGAAAUUUGUACAUCUCACAAUCUUCAUGGUAUCCAGUGCUCAUGUGUGUCUGUAGCUCCAAACAUGGAGAGUUUGCGUUUAGAUACAAAAGUGCAUGAGGAUACCAUUGAAUUUGUUUCUGUUGAGGAAAAAAAUAUUGAAGGUAUUAGUAAAGGAAAUGAUCAAGAAGUGAAAGAAGAUGUUAUUGAUCAUGUGUAUAAAGAAGAUAUCACUUUUAUAAAGACUGAAGAUGAUGUAAAUGCAAAUGAGUGCUCAGUAUGCAAAGAAACAGAAAUUGUUCAUGUGGAAACCAUUAAAAGUGACUCAAAUAUCUUAAUGAGUGACUAUGAAGAUCCAUUAAAAGUGUCAGAGGAGGAAAAUUGUAAAGAAACCUUGUCAGAUGAUCUGGCUACACACAAGGAAACUGUGGAGGAUUGUUCACUCCAAGUUGAUGGGAAAGGGAAACGUUUUAUGUGUGUGUUGUGUUGCAAGAAGUACACUUACAGGUAUGAAUUACUGAAACAUGCAAGAGUUCAUACAAAGGAGAGGCCUUAUAGCUGUGAUAUAUGUAGUUAUGCAUUUGCAGAGAAAAGAACUCUGAUGCGUCACAUGUUGGUACACACAAAGGAGAAGCCUUUUAACUGUGAGAUCUGUGGCAAACCAUUCUCCCGUAAAAGUGAAAUAAAAUUACAUAUGAGAGUCCAUACAAAGGAGAAGCCUUAUACCUGUGAAAUAUGUGGCAAGAUGUUCACCAUGAAAGGAAACCUAGGAAUACAUAUGAGAAUACAUACAGGGGAGAAGCCCUUUAGCUGUGAGCGGUGCAACAGGGCAUUUUGUCGCAAAAGCGAUCUAAUUGUACACAUAAGAACACACACUAAAGAGAAACCUUAUGCUUGUGAAGUUUGUAGUAAGACUUUCUCAGAGAAAGGUCAUCUAAAGAGUCACAUGAGGGUUCAUACAAAGGAGAGACCUUAUAAAUGUGAGGUUUGCUAUAAAGCAUUUUCUCAAAAACACCAUGUAGAAAAACACAUGGGAGUACAUAAUAAAUUGAAAGCAAGUAUCAGCAAGUCUCAGCCAUCUGAAAGAGGAACUAUCUGAAUAGAAAUGUUACAAAUUGUUUUAAACAAUAGUUUAUAGUUUUAUUUUCACAUUAUCACAGAAUCUAGCAGGCCCUAUUGUAAAUGCCUAUUCCAUUAGAAAUUCAACUUUCUCAUUCAUUAUUUAAAGUACGUAUCCUCCCAAGGAAUUUGAUAUUAUAUUGUAGUGUCUCACAUCAGCAUUUUACUGUAGCAUCCCAAGAAGACCAGCUUUUUGAUUCCCCCCUUUCUUCAUACCUGUUUUUUCAUUUUUAUUCAUUGUUCUAGUUAAUUUUCUUUUCUUUCUUUUUUUUUUUUUUUGUUAAUUAAAUUGCUAGUAAUUUAGCCCUUCCUUAUUGGUAUUAAGUUCUUGCCUUUACUUGUUUUAUUAUUUAUGAUGUAAUCACCUUUUUAUAUAUUAUUAAGGAUUCAACCUCUCAUCAUUUAAUUCUAAUGUUGAGUUGCCAAAGACAAAAGUAGAUCUGUUCCCUAAAAAAAAGGUACUUCUGUGCAAGAAACCUACGUGAAGUAUCUGGGUGGGGCCUUCAUGUUGUUAAAAAAAACUAUCAGCAUGGCUGCCUUGGUGUUGCUCAAAUUCAAACAGAACUGACAGGUGCAAUAUCAAUGUAGGGAUAGUAUUCCAGGUAGGGAGUUGCGCCUUAUUCAUGAUCCCAGAUACAACAAUUUUACUUUUUGCAAUAUGGGAAGUAGGAUGCGUGAAAAGGCUUUAAAUGACGUCAUUUCACAAUGUCAUUAAAAAAUGCAUGCAGUAAGGCUUACUCCACAAGAAUCAUCUGAACAGGUUCUUCUCCAUGAUGAUUUUUCAUUUUACAAAAGUUUUGUUAUACAUUCAUCUUAACUUUUUUAUGAGAUUAAUAUAAAUACUGUUAUAUGUAUACAUAUUUGUAUAUAUUGUUAAUUAA